GGUAAAGAAGAGAGGGUGGUACAGUGAAGCCCUUGUAAUAAGGUUGUAGAGAAGCCUAAGAAAAACGAUAUUUCACAAGAAAGCAGUUGACAUCCAAUGCCUAUGAAGAAUAGUUCAAUUGUAAAAUUUAUAUGUCAAAGCGGUAAUGCGUGGACUAUUGCGUGGUAUGUUAUACUGUGCUCUUUGGUAUGGUAGUAUUGUAGCUGGUUUCUUAUUUAUCGCUUGUCCACUUUUACCACUUUUGCUAUUCAGUCCUCCAAAAUUUCGAAAAUGUGGAGAUUUGCUAUUUUCUUGUUGGGAACUUUAUCCCACAGCACUGUUAAAGAUAUUUGGUGUAAAAAUCUUUGUAUCAGGAGAUCAUAUUUCUCCUAACGAAUCAGCUAUACUUGUAAUGAAUCACAGAACACGAGUAGACUGGAAUUUUUUAUGGGCUGCGAUGUAUCAAGCAUGUAUGCCUGAUAUAGCUUGUCAUAGAUUGAAAUUUAUUUUGAAAGAUCCAAUAAGACAUAUCCCAGGACCAGGAUGGAUAAUGCAAAUGAAUGGCUUCCUCUAUAUAACACGUCGUUGGGAAGAAGACAAAGGUCGACUAUUACGUACUCUGGACUAUGUGGUAGCAUUAAGAAGACGUACACAAUUACUUAUAUUCCCAGAGGGUACAGAUUUAACAAAAACUAGUAAAGAGAAGUCUGAUAAAUAUGCUUUACAACAUCAACUACCUCAAUAUACAUAUACAUUACAUCCAAAAACUACAGGAUUUAGUUAUCUAGUACAACACCUCCAGAAAGCAAAUUAUCUUGAUGCAGUAUAUGACUUAACAAUAGCUUAUCCUGAUUAUGUCCCACAAUCUGAAAUUGAUUUAAUUAGGGGUAAAUUACCACAUGAAGUACAUUUUUAUAUCAAACGAAUACCAUCUUCAGAUAUACCUACACAUGAAUUAAUGUUAAGGAAAUGGUUAGAGGAUAGAUGGUCUGACAAAGAAGAAAUAUUAAAAACUUUUUAUGAAAAGAAAAGUUUUCCUACUGAAAUAUGGCCAACAGCAAAGAUGUUACCAUUACAAGCUGCAUUCAGCUUCUGGAGUAUAUUAACUGGUACGACAAUACUCUUAUUAAUUAUUUCUCCAAUAUUUCAACUAUGGGCAUUGAUGCAUGCUAUCUUUUUCAUUGGAUUAUCUUUAUUUACAACUGGAUUUAAUCAAAUUGAAAUGGGAUGGUAUUGGCGCUGGAAAGCAUAUCCUUUUUCUGCAAAACACAGUUAAUAACAAUGUUUAAUCAGAGUAAGUAAUAAACUAAUUUAUGCUUUUCUGUCACUGUGAUAUUGGUAUAUCUAAGAUUUAGAUGUACAACUAUCAUAUUUUUAGAAAUGUUCCUUCCGUUGUACAUGUUAGAUUUUAAAGAAAUAUGUACUUAGAAAAUGUAUAUAUUUCCAAAUGGAUAAAAAAAAUACAUGAAAAUGCUAAAAAGUUAAAAAUAGCAUCGUAAUAAUGUAUAAAAAUUAUUAUGGCAAAAUCAAGUAAAAUUAUUAAUGUAAUUCAUAAAAAUGAUGAAGUAUAUAGAGAAGUUUUGUACGUUUGUUAUAUACACAUAUAUAUUUAUUUACUUAUUUAUUCAUUUACUGCAUGCCUUCCAACUUAGCACGAAUAUUAAAAGUGUUUUAAAGAUAAAAAAAAAUUUUGUAAAUAUGCCCAUGAAUAUGAAAAAUCAAUGUUUUUAUACAAUUAUAUACUAUUGCUCAUUUCAGAAAUGAGUCACUUAUAGAAUAAAAAUAUUUUUGAACUAUUAAUAAUAAUUAAUCUAUCAAAAAUCAUCAUUUUAUAAUUGCGUAAAUUAAAUUAUAAAUGAGAGUAAGAAUAUUAAGAUUGAAAGAAAUAUGUUCUUUAACUUCUGUAUUUCCAUAAAAAUAUUAGUUUGCUAUAUUCAUUAAACUAAAGAAAAAAGUACAAAUUUGUUUUUAAUUUAAAAAAAGAAAAAUAAUAUAAAUAACAGAAUUAAAAAUAAUAUGUGGCAUAUAUAGUAUACAUAAGUAUUUAAGUUAUUAAAAUUUAUAGGUGUCUACCCAAGAAAAUAGUUAAUGAAUCAUUGUCAUGUAUUAUUUAUUUUCUAUUCAGCAAUAUUAUAAUAUUAAGAAAUUAUAUAAAAUUAGAAAAAAUACAAUAUUUACUCUGUUGAGCAUAUAUUAAAAAAUACUAAUUCGAAGUAAAUAUUGCCCUAAUAAUAAAUUUAUAUUUUUUUGUAGUUAUAAAUGUUUAAAAUUAAGUAAAAGUGAAUUCAUGUGCCAAAGAGAUACAUGCAGAGAGUUUGUAGUUCUCUAAAUCAUAAAUAUUAAAUACUAAAGAUUAUAUAUCUAUUAUUCUAUAUGUAUAUAUAAAGUAUGCUUAUAAAAUAUUUUAUUUAUGAUAGAAGAAUUAGGAUUUUUAUCUAUUUCAUUAUUAAAAAUAUUAAUCAUUAUAUUAUAGAAAAUCUUAGUAUGAUUCAUUCAUAACACUUCUUUUGUUCAAAGUGUUGCAUAUAUUUAAAUUGUACCUAUACUAAAAAAUCUAAUUAUAAUUCUAGUCACGAUCUUAGGUAGAUGUAUAUGAUUAGAAUGAUAAAUAAUAAUACUAUUUUAUAUUUAGAACUUCCUAUUUAACAUUAGAAAGAUUUCAAAUUUUUAAAUUAAGUCUUGGAUGAGAUGCGUAUAAAUAUUGUAUAAAAGUAGUAUUGUUCAAAUUGUAAUAAAAUUGUAUUACACUGUUAGAAUCUAAUUGUGUGUUAAUAUAAAAUGUGAAUCUGAUGUGUUGUUAAUAUAAAAUGUAAAAUAAUAUAAAAUAUCUUCAAAUUGUAUUUAACAUACACACACACUCCGUAUCUAUAUAAAAAUACAUUAAAUGAAUUAUAUAUAUUUCAAGGAUUAACACAGAUAUAUGAAUCUAUAUUUGAAUUCUAUAACACAUAAAGGUAGAAAAGAUUUUUGUCAAUAAUAAUAUGAAGUGAAUCGAAAUAUAAAUCUUUUUAAACGA